AUGAACUACUCCUUAGCUACUGGCCUUUUCCCUGUCUUCCCUGAUGCCCAUAAGCGCAACUCUACACAGUCCCAGAGAGAUAACGAAAGAAUAGAGAAGCGCAAGAUGAAAAAUGGACUCAAGACCGAAUAUAUUUAUGCCUACUUUAAUAGGCUUAUUGGCUCUCAUGUAACAUUUCCACUCCUUCUUAACUUUGCUAGAAUCUUCUCCCAAGAUCUUCAGAUCAAUAUCGAUCGUCUUGCUAAGAGAAAUAGAUCUGCCUUGCUAUGCUGGUAUGCAGAGAAUUGGGACUCAAUUAAGCCAGCUCUUAAUAGAGUUGUUAAGGAUCUAAACAUCCAGUCCAUCAUUGGCAACCAAAAUCAUCCAUCGACCACAAACGAGAUCGUUAUUUCCCAUGUUAACAAUCAAAUGAUUUGUGAUCCAUCUGAUCUCACACAGCUUCUCAACUAUCAUUAA